AUGGCCGGAAACCGGCGGGAAGAUGUUCUUGCCCUGGCUCUCAACGACGUCUGUUUCCGGCGUUUUUGGACAGGCGGCAUGUUACGGAUGCUAGGUGACUCGAUGCAGAUGAUCUCACCACUGCUCAUCCGCUAUUUCAUUCAGGACCUAGAUGACCCAUCCGAACGAGCAUACGGCGCCGGAUUUGGCUAUGCCGUGGGUCUUUUCGCUGUCCUUGCCUUCUCUGUUGUGACAAACAUCCAUGGAUUCUAUCGGGCAGCUACUACCGGCAUCCUGCUGCGAGCGGCGUUGAUACAUGUCAUUUACCGCCGCGCCACGACACAAUUGACACACGAAGCAAAGCUACGCGGAAAUUUUGCGACCGGGAAGCUGACGAGCCUCAUCAGCGCCGACGUGUCGCGCAUUGACUUUUGCUGUGGCUAUUUCCAUUCACUAUGGACUAGCUUCAUCCAGAUCGCCCUCUGCCUCGGUCUGACCACCUGGACAUUGGGGUACAGCGCUCUUCCUGGGUUCGGUUUAUUAGCCCUGCUGUACCCGGUGCAGACGUUCAUGAUGAAGAACUUGUUCCGCCUUCGUCGCAACAGCAUGCCGUGCACAGACAAGCGCAUCAAGGCUGUGGUCGAGGCUGUAUCCACAAUCCGCCUUACCAAAGCAAACGCCUACGAGAAUAGCAUUCUCACCAAGAUUGGCGCUCUGCGGGCAGAUGAGGUCGUUUACAUCCGCAAGCGCAUGAUGCUUAGGGCACUAAACAUUGCCGUUACGUUCACUGCACCGACACUAGCCUCGGUCGUGAGCAUUUUGUGCUAUGCUGCCACGACUGGUAACGGAAUGAGUGCUAGCGUGGUCUUUUCGUCUCUGACCUUCUUCCUCUUGAUGCGGACACCACUUGGCUCGCUGCCCAUCGCCAUUUCAACUCUUGCGGACGCCCAAGCUGCUCUCGAGCGGCUGUCGGCAUUUAUGUUGGCAUCUGACAACGGCACGGCCCGUGAUGCGGCCCUUCGCAACGCUCUUGCGGAAAAGGGAAGGAACCUGAAAGACGGCAGGACCAUCAUCCAAUUGAAAGAUGCAAGUUUCUGGUACCAUGACAGCGACCAGCUGCGCGCGAUAUGGGAAAGUGAGGCCGGUAUUGGCGAGAAAAGCCUUGUCCUGGGAGAAGCUAAGAAAGAGGCUGCAGGUCCAUCUAUGUCUUUGUACAUUGAUUCGCUUGAGGUGGAGAAGGGCCAAUUUAUUGCUAUUGUUGGGCCAGUUGCAGCCGGCAAAUCGUCCGUCUUGCGAGCCCUUCUGGGUGACAUGCACCUUUCCAAGGCUGAAUCUUGUGCCGUCAAUGUCGAUACGUCCACCUCGUUGUCACCAGUGGCUUACGUCUCUCAGGAAGCUUGGCUUCUCAGCGAGACUGUGCGAGAAAACAUUGUGUUUGGGCGCCCUUUUGAUGCUUCCUGGUAUAAUGAAGUGCUCGGUCGUUGUUGUCUCCAUGACGACCUCCGAAUGCUUAUCGACGGCGACAUGACCAUCAUUGGCGAAAAGGGCGUUUCGUUGUCCGGAGGCCAAAAGCAGCGGAUUUCUUUGGCUCGUGCCGUGUACGGCCGCAGUCAUCUUCUUCUUCUCGACGAUUGUUUCUCGGCACUGGAUGCUCACGUUGGUAGCCGCGUAUUUGAAAACGUGGUCAAGCAAACGCGUCACGCCAGAGAAUGUACGAUUGUCCUCGUUACACAUUCAAUGGUACUUGCUCGUCAAGCGGACCACAUUGUCUACAUGGACAGUGGACGUAUUAUGGAACAGGGCUCAUUUUCCGAGCUCAUGAGGCGAGCGGGUCCAUUUGCCGAGUACAAUAGGUCUUCAACCGUGGCCCAAACGACCUACGCAGACACACCACCGGUCAGGGAUGACGAUGGCAUGAGCAUGCAAGCAUCUGAAAAGUCAAAGACACUUGUGGAAGGGAGAAAUAACAACAUCAAGAAUGGAACCACCGCGCCCGCAGAGACACCAGAACACAAUCAGAAGCAGAGAGGCAGGGAGAUUAUGCGUCGCGAAGAGCGUCUCGUUGGCACAGUCAGCGGAAAGACGUAUUUGCACUACCUGAAAUUCGGCAACGCAUUGGUCACUGUGCCUCUGUUCAUUCUAGCCAUCGCCGUGUUUCAGGGCAGCAGUGUCGUCUCUGCGCUGUGGCUCAGCUGGUGGCAAACGAAAAAAUAUCUCGAUAUCAGCGAGGGUGGUUACAUGGCCGGCUAUGCUGCCUGGGGCAUCGGUCAGUCACUUGGCCUGUUUGCCAUGAGCGCAGUAUUUGCCUUGUUUUGCUUUUGGUGCUCAAAUCACCUUCACGCGGCUUCACUUUUCGGCAUUAUGUACGCGCCGGUUUCAUUUUUCGACACAACGCCGCAGGGAAGAAUCACUCACCGGUUUAGUAAGGAUACGGAUGCCAUGGACAACGUGGUCGGUGAGCAGUUGCGUAUCUUCAUUUCGACGUUGGUCCAGGUUGUCGGUACCGUGGUUGUCGUCAGCAUAAUCCUGCCCAUUUUCGUUGGGAUUGCCGCCGGUGUGCUUCUCAUCUACACCUGGACGGGCAUGUACUACAGACCAUCAGCCCGUGAGCUGCGCCGCCUCAACAAUCUUCUCCGCAGCCGCAUCUAUGAGCACUUUACUGAGACACUCUCUGGACUGCCCACACUGACAGCUUUUGGUCGAGUCGGAGGAUUCGUCGCUGAUAACGCGCGCCGCAUUGACACCGAGAACACGGCAUAUUGGCUCUCAGUCGCUGCCGUCCGUUGGUUAAACAUACGGCUUGAUCUUUUGGGUGCCGUUUUGGUGCUGGGCACGGGUCUGCUGGCCAUUGGUUUGCGUGACCACAUUAAUCCAUCGACUGGUGGCUUGGUGUUAUCAUAUAUGGUGACGGCCCAGGCGGCGUUUGGGAACAUGAUCCGAUUCAGCGCGGAGAUUGAAAACAACAUGAACUCGAUCGAGCGCCUGCUUCAUUAUGCAAACGAAAUACCACAGGAGGCAGCACAUGAUGUUCAAGACGUUGACACAGAUCUUCGCAAACGGUCAUGGCCGAGUAGAGGACACGUACAGUUUGAGUCACUUACGUUGAACCACCGGUCGGACCAUAAUCCUGCGCUUCGAGAUUCAAGACGCGGUUCUCUGGGCCGGGACGAUUCGCUACAAUCUUGA